AAUCGUUCGAUCAUCUAAGAGAACUUCAAAAAUAUCGAAAAUCUAUCAGUACAAACAAUGGUGCCGCUAUAAUAGAUAAGCUGCUAUAAAAUCUAUUUGUUUUUAGCGAGUAGUAACUGGGGGGAAACGUCUUAGAUAUCAAAAGGUUCUAUUGUAAUGUACGGUUAUGUGAUGAAACUCGCCUGGUGGUUAUCACUUUGGACCAAUUUUAAUCUAUUUACAUCUACCGGUGAAACGGGAACCACGGAUUACGGAGGCAUUCGGAAGGUUUCGCCAUGUCCGGAAAUGUUCCAGUACGUGCGGGAUCCUCGAUUUGUUGGUAGUGGUGGGCAGCGAGAGGCCAAUAUCGGGUUGCUCCGGUUGGAAGGGAUGGUUCCAGGAUGGAACAAUACACUGAAUGUGGUGCUCUCCGUGGCCGGUGAUCUUGGUCCCUCUAUUGGUUCGCUGGAGCUGCUGAAUAUCAACGAACUGCCCCAAAAUCCAGCCCGCUUCAUCGUUCAUUUUCCAUCCAACGGAAAAAUGAUUCCGAAUUUAAACUCCAUCAGCUUCAACGGACAUACGCUUUGCCGCGGUCAACCUGUCCAAGGAUCACGGGUAACGACAGUCAAAUUGAAAUAUUUUGUCGAACUUCCCAACGAGUUAAUUGCUGACAGCAGCUCAGAGAGCAGUGAAGAAACCUUUCCGAGCGUUUCCCUUGAUAGGAGCCACCAUUUUCUUAAACAAAUGCAGGAAAAAGAAAAUACAAGAGAAUUCGACAAACGGCUUCAUUACAGCGCGGUUUGCGGUAAGCCAGUUAAACCUGCCAUAGGUCUCCUGUUCCGAGGAAAGCCAACAAAGCGCCACGAAUGGCCAUGGCUGGGUGUUUUGUAUCUCAAAAACCGUGAAACUGGAUCCGUGGAGUUCCGAUGUGCUGCUACCUUGAUUACGGACAAGCUACUACUGACAGCCGCUCACUGCCUCUUACUGAAAGCGGAAGUAACCAGUCAAAUUCAAGCACAGGAUUUUGUCGUGUCCCUUGGUCGAUACAACAUCAUGGACUGGACUGAAACUGAAGCAAUGAACUUUUCCCCGGAAUCUAUAACGGUUCAUCCCCAAUUCAAGAGCGAUAACUUUGACUAUGACAUUGGAAAAAUUUUACUCGCCAAAUCGGUUUCCUUCACGGCAGCCAUUCUGCCCAUUUGUUUGUGGGACGAGUCGCUGGAAGAAUCCGUGGUAGUCGGACAACUAGGAUUCGUCACCGGGUGGGGAUUUUCCGAGCAUGGUGCCAUUUCGGAGAUUCCCCGGAGUGUCCAGGUACCCAUAGUAUCGGAAGUGGACUGCAUUCGAUCCGACAUCGGGCUCCAGCUGACCACUUCCAACAGGACAUUCUGCGCCGGGGGUCAAGACGUGGGACCAUGCCAGGGCGAUUCCGGAAGUGGCCUAUUCCUGAAGCGAUCCGGCAACCGUUGGGUGCUGCGAGGGAUCGUUUCGCACGCGCUCCUUGACCCGGAUACGGGCAAAUGUGACACCCGAAACUAUGCUGUCUACACGGAUGUGGCCAAGUAUCGCGAUUGGCUGGCCAUUUAGACGGCGACGACACUCAUCGCCCAUUUUUCUCCGACAAAUUUUUUUUCCUUCUUUUUUGUUGUGAUGAGGCACGAAAAUGUGACAAUAAAAACGAUUUCGAUAAACGAAACCAAUGUUGUCGUCGUCGGGAGAUAUCGAGUUACUUAUCGCAGGCAGACUGUGGUAUUUAGUGUAGAAUUGCGAA